GCCCUGAGUGGGGGGGUGAUACCCACAAGUGGUGUAUUAGACACCUAGUGAGCAACUUCCACAAUGCCUUCAAGAAAAAAUAUCUCAAAAAGCUUGCUGAAAAAGCUGGUAAUUUUCUUGUUACUUAAUAUAAUACAUACAUUUUUGGUUGAUGGGAAAAUAUUGACGGUUUAAUCGACGUGUAGGACGCGCAUACCAAGAGCAUAAAAGAGAUCGGUACAUGUCAUUGAUAGAGGCGGAUUCACCUGAGGGUUAUGCGUAUCUUGACCGCCUUGAUGUUACAAAAUGGAGCAUGAGUGGCGACACGUCUGGAAUGCGGCAUGGUGUGAUGACAACAAACUACGCGGAGUCGGUCAACGCGAUGUUAAAGAACAUUCGGGGGCUCCCUAUCACAGCCAUGUUGGAAGCAAUAUUUAACAAGGUCAACUCCGUAUUCAUCAAGCAUGUGAACGACUACAAAAUGUGGUUGGCAUCCGGUUUCAUGUGGACCCCAGUCUGUGCACACAGAAUUGAGACUUGGGAAAAUAAGUCAAGGACUCAUACGGCUUCACAGUUCAACGUGGCACAGAAGGUAUUCAAUGUCUUGACCCAGUGCGACAAUGUAAGACAAAAGGGUGGCAAUACACAUCAAGUUCGUCUACUGGACGGGACAUGCACCUGUGGAAAAUUUCAACAGUGGAAAAUUCCGUGCUCCCAUGCGAUAGCUGCCUGCAACCAAUACGGAGAGAACUACCGUGACUACAUUUCAUGGUAUUACAAAUGCGAGGAUCUGACGAGGGAUUUCUGUCUCGCACUAGCUGUACGACUAGAAGGAGCGCUGUUUUGCCGUUCGCUAGGUUGGACCACCGUAUUCGGUCGAUGAUCGAGCCUACUGGAUUUGCAGGCUGUUUUGCUAUGCGUCAUUACAGCGUCGACAUGCAGCUGAUCACAGCCCUUGUGGAGAGGUGGAGGCCGGAGACCCACACUUUUCACUUACCCGGCGGAGAGUGCACAGUUACACUACAGGACGUCGCCGUUCAGACCGGACUACCAGUAGACGGUCAUGCUGUUACAGGAGGUAUUGUACAUGAUUGGGCUGCAGUGGCAGAGAGGGUUUUAGGGAUUCCUGCGGGCAGAUAUCCUAAAAAGCCUGCAAAUUCCACAGUCCGGACUUCUUGGAUCCUAGAGAGUUUCCCCGACUUCGGUGCAUUACCAGACCAGGCGACUGACGAGCUUGUCCAUCGGUACACACGGGCGUAUCUCUUGCUCGCUGUCACAGGAUUGUGCUUCACUGACCUCGGUAGUGGAAAGACUUCGUUACGGAUUCUUCCACUUUUAGAGGACUUGGCGGCAGUUCGGACCUACAGCUGGGCAUCGGCGACACUGGCUUACUUAUAUCACGAGCUUUGCUCAUGUUCGUUGCGGUCUGCGAAUCGCCGCAACAUGGGCGGGCCGUUGUGGAUACUGCAGCUGUGGGCAUUGGACCGACUUAGAGUUAUUGCUCCCGCUCUUGCCGAUCCCACUAUUUCACCACAUCUACCACUGGGCGACAGAUGGGGAGGCCGGAGAAACGCCAGCCGUGCGGCUCGACACUCGCUGCCUGACAUCCGUGUUCGGCUUGACACAUCUCGCUACGAAGAUUUUAUCUGGCAGCCGUACACUGAUGAUAUGCUGGACACUAUCCCAGCGUACUGUUUAGAUGGGCGUGCUUUUUGGCGGGCCACGGUUCCACUUAUUUAUUUUCAUAUUGUGGAGUGGCACCAGGCAGACAGAGUUCUGCAGCAGUUCGGACUGCAACAGGGUAUUCCAGACGCCCCACUUCAGGACCACUCACUACACUCCCUUACCCUGAAGAGCAGCUCAUCUUGGAUCCAGACACACUCUCACUACAUUCGUGUGUGGGACGACCGACUCCGGUUUGUAAUUUCAGGACAGCCCCUCCAGGACCCACCUCAUUAUCAUUCCGAGUAUAUGGAUUGGUUUCGGUAUGUCACGCGUCGCUGGAUCACACGACAGGGCGCUGAGCUCGGAGCACAGGCCGAUUUUGUGGAGCGUGUACGUAGGGAUGCUCCUGUUGACACUGAGCUUCGGCGGUUCGCAGCCAGCACACAGAGAGGCACUAGAGAGGACCGACGUGAUGUUACAUCGCCCCCUAUCGAGCCUUCUAUACCGCCGCAUCGACUACCAGUCAUACCUGACGCGCCGAUAGAUCCGACUACACUGCGACAUCGACGGCGAGAGCGGCGUCACCCCCCUGCACCACCUCAGCGUCCUACCGAUCCUAUGCCUCCCCCAGUGGUUUUUCAUCCUUUCAGAGGGCAUUACUAUUACGCGGGGUCCAGCUCUGCACCGCCACCCUUUUCAUCGGGUCCUCCUUCUUCUUCUGGCCAGUUUUACGGGGAUUCGGCACAUCACUAUUUUCAGGGGUCGUGUUCAUAUCCAGUGCCACCAGGACCUUCUUCGCCUUUUGUUCCACCGCCGCCUGCUUAUGUACCACCUACGGUGCCUCCUUUUCAGGUGCAGUGGGAUCAGCCUACACAGGGUACACAGGACUUUGCAGCUUCACAGGGACUUCCACAGACACCUGGGACUACAGACUUUCUGUCAUAUGGUAGCAGUUGGUUAGGUCUAGACAGCAUGGAGGCGAUGAUGUUCCGCCAACAAGGAGAAUUUGUUACCCCGCCACCAGCUACGACGAGUACGGCCAUUCCACAGGACCAGCAGGGUGACGACGGAGCCGACGACGAGGAGGGCGAUGCAGGAGAGGGAGAUGGUGAUGGCCGCCCAGGUCGACGUUACCUCACCAUCAGUACAGGCCGUCGGGCGAACCGUAACAGAAACAACUUACGCUCGAACCUCCCGGUCACUAGCAGAUAUGACGAUAGGACUCCUAGGUGAUUUCUUUUUUGUACU